AUGGAUGUCAGAGGGUUGAGAGUCUUCCCUCUAUCAUUGAUCGGUGAUGCUGCGAUGUGGUUUACUGAGCUUCUAUAUGAUUCAAUCCAUACAUGGGACCAAUUGCAUCGAGUAUUCAUGGCAAAGUACUUCCCAAAGUUUAAGAAACUUAACCAAAAUGACAAGUUGAAUAAUUUCGUCGCACUACCUGGAGAGUCUGUGAGCAAUUCUUGGGAUAGAUUCACUGCAUUCAUCAGAAUUGUUUCGAAUCACCGCAUAGAUGACGAGUCAUUGAAGGAGUAUUUCUACAGAGGGCAAGAUGACAAUGGUAAGGCUGUGCUAGAUACUAUCGCUAGAGGAUCCUAUAGUGAGUGCACUUUUGAGGAAAUCGCUGAGAAAUUAGAGAAGAUCUCCCGGAAUAAUAAGACAUGGAGCACUAGAAAAGCUAAUACUGGAAAAAACACAUUUGUUGUUCAAGCUGCACUAGAGCAAUCUAGUGAUGCCAUUCGUGAGGAGAUGGCUCAGAUAAGGACAAAACUUGGGUUGGUAUUGAAGAAUGUGAGUGGAGGUGUAGAGAAGGUGAAUGCGGUUAAUUACCUAAUUAGAACUCCACCACCACCAAUUGAGGAAUGCUACUAUGGAGAGGAUACUUAUUUGGGUAACUAUGUCCGGGAUGGGAACUACAAUCGCGACAAGAACUACAACCAGAAUAACUAUGGCAACAGAAAUGAGAGAGUUGGGCCUUAUGUUCCACCUGCAAAUCGGGAAUCUGGCAAUAGAAAAGAUGGGGGUAGUAUGUCACGGAUUGAGGAUAUGAUGCAGAGGAUGAUGAAGAGGUUUGAUACGACUGGUGAGAAUGUGAAAGAGAAGCGGAAUGACUUGUCUGGAAUCGAUCAAAAAGUUGAUGUCCAUGUAGUGUCGAUAAAACAACUUGAGCAACAAUUUAAUAAGUUGUAA